AUGGGCACCCCUGACGCAGCAGGCUCGCCCCCCAAACCCCCUUCUCCAAUACGUCCUGCACAUCCCACCUCCUCCUUGAGCUGUCCUCUCCAUGUCCCCUCCCGGGCUCCCAUCAGCACCAUCACCAAGAGGAGGCGGAGGCAGAGGAGUGGAGGAGGAGGGAUGUGGGGAAAUGGCUGCCGAAAACAAGCCGGAAGGUCCGAUGUGGGGGGGGGGGGGCGUUCCGUGGCCCAGUGGUUAGCGCUUGUGCUAGAGGACCAGGACCUGCAGCACCUGGACCAGGACCUGGUUUUGAUUCCACCUCCAGAAGUCCACCAAAGACUGAAGAAAAUCCGAAACCCAGAGAGAACUGUGAGGAUUGCAGUGGGCUACACCGGACACACGCCCCCCAAGAGCGACGACUCUGACGCCAACAAUGAACCAGGCCAGUUGAAGAUCUACCUGCCCAAGAAGCUGCUGGAAUGUCUGCCCAAAUGUUCAUCUCUGCCCAAAGAGCGCCAUCGCUGGAACACCAACGAGGAGAUCGCAGCGUAUCUCAUCACAUUUGAGAAACAUGAGGAAUGGCUGACGACGUCGCCCAAAACCAGGCCUCAGAAUGGCUCCAUGAUCCUGUACAACCGAAAGAAAGUGAAGUAUCGUAAAGAUGGAUACUGCUGGAAGAAACGGAAAGACGGGAAGACCACCAGAGAAGACCAUAUGAAGCUCAAAGUGCAGGGGGUCGAGUGUCUGUAUGGCUGCUACGUCCACUCCUCCAUCAUCCCCACCUUCCACCGCAGAUGCUAUUGGCUGCUGCAGAAUCCUGACAUCGUCCUGGUGCACUACCUGAAUGUCCCGGCAGUGGACGACAGCGGGAAACCUUGUGGUCCAGUUCUCUGCUCCAUCAACACGGACCGGAAAGAGUGGGCAAAGUGGAGCAAGGAGGAGCUGAUCGGACAGCUGAAGCCCAUGUGCGCAGGGAGCAGUCUGCAUCAGAAGUGUUCCAGUGUGAAGCAGAGGAUCAUCUCGUCGAAGCAAGAGCCCGGAGCUUUGGACAAGAGCGACGAGGCGGACGGAAGUGAGGUCCAGAACAGCGAUGUGUCCGAGGGCCAGACGGAAGCCAGCACCGGCGGCUCGGGCAGUAGGCGGGGGUCGGAUCGCAGGAAUGGCCGCAUACCCAAACCCUCACUCCUCCCCCAGAGCAGCAUGGAGGUGUCGUCGUCCACCAACACAGCCCAGGUGGAGGUCCCAGACACCACCCAGAGCUCUCCCCUGUCCAUGGGCUCAGACAUGGCUGACAGCCCCGCUCUGUCCAUGGGCCCCGGGCUGAACCAGAGCACGGUGUUCAUGUCUGAGGUGACCACGCUGACCGGGGACUCUGUCUACUCCACCGGACACACGCCGCUGCUGGGUAACGCGCACCAGGGAGGGGCCACAGGUUUGGCAACUGGAAUCCUAUUGGCCGUGACUCCAGAGAACUCCCAGCGCUUCUCUUCGUUCUCCGGGAGUCUGGGUGACGGCGGCGAGCUCGUCCUGUCCAGCUCGCUCGACUCCAGCGGCGGGGUCAGCCUUCCCGAGACUACCAUGACCUUCGACCCGGACUGCUUCCUCAACAACCCGAAGCAGGGCCAGACGUACGGCGGUGGCAAGAACGAAGGCUGCAGCCGUGACGAAAUCCACUGCCCGAACGUCUUCUACAACGCCACGCUGGUGAACAACAUCAAGACGGAAGCGGCGAAUUUAGAGCAACCGCUGACAAACCAAAGCGGCUACGAAUCGACCGGUUUGAGCCCAAGCACGACACUAGAGCAGAUGGAUUUCAGCGCGGUCAUGUCCUCCAGUUUAGCCCAGCAAGCGCCAAGCCUUUUCCUCCCUUCAAACCAGGCUCUGCAAAACAAUUCAAACACAGAUUCAAGCCAAGAAGAGCCUCAAAGUUACAUUGGUUUGUCCAACGCAUCUCCCGUGACGGCGAAUGGAGUGGACGGCCACGCGAGCCCGCAGCAACAAGCGAUGUGCGCAAGGAAUUCUGCGUCAUUCGAGCCGACAAAAGUGAGCGACAAAGCGGUGGACAGUAGCGAAGACGCGAUGCUGAAAGCGGACGAUGCGUACACAGGCGGGGUUAAAGUUGAGCACUAUUUGCAAGAGGAAAACGCAGGGAGAGUGGAGGAAAGCGCGGCGAGUUCAGCGGACAACGAAAUCUUAUGCAACGGCGUGAGUUCGGUCGGCGAAAGCCCUCAGUCCAUCGUUCAAAGUAGUUUGUACAGCUCGCCAAUGCCGCAGCAGGGAGUGACGGCUAACACCAAUGCGUCAGGAGCUGGGAUAAGUUUAGAGGGUUUCGAAGCGUCGUUUGGGAGUCAGUUUUCAGAUUUGAUCAACGACUUUAUCUCGGUGGAAGGCUCGGGGGCAGGGGAGGAGCAGAGCAGCGCUCAGACUCACCUGCAGGGGGCGGCAGUGGAGCAGGCCUCGCUAGGGCUGCUGCAGGAGAGCGGGAGGCUGUUCGGAGUGACAGACUAUUCGCCAGAGUGGUCCUACCCAGAGGGCGGAGUGAAGGUGCUGAUCACUGGUCCGUGGUUGGAGUCCAGUUCAGAUUACAGCUGUUUCUUUGAUCACAUCAGUGUUCCAGCGGCUCUAAUUCAACCAGGAGUGCUGCGCUGCUACUGCCCCGCUCACGACACUGGUCUGGUGAUGCUGCAGGUGGCCAUGGGCGGCGACAUGAUCUCAGCCUCUGUGGUGUUUGAGUACAAAGCCCGAGACCUGCCCGCGCUGCCCUCCUCCCAACACGACUGGCUCUCCCUCGAUGAUACGCAGUUUCGAAUGUCCAUCCUGGAGCGGCUGGAGCAGAUGGAGCAGAGGAUGUCAGAAAUGUCAAACUCCAGCUCUGAGCCCACGGCUCCAAAAGGAGGAGGAGCCACGGAGCAGCCUGUGGACCAGGGCUCCUUCGAGGCGCGGGUUCUCAGUCUGUGUGAGCAGAUGAUGGCUCAGUCGUGCUGGGCGUCAGGAUCAGACCUGGAUCACACGCAGAACUCCAGGGGAAUGACUCUCCUCCAUCUGGCUGCAGCUCAGGGCUACACUGGCCUCAUCCACGCGCUCCGGAGAUGGCGCUCCAAACACUCUGACAGUCUGGAGCUGGAGCUGGAGGUGGAUCCUCUGAACGUCGACCACUUCUCCUGCACUCCUCUGAUGUGGGCAUGUGCGCUGGGACACACAGACGCUGCUCUCCUCUUGUUCCAGUGGGACCACAGAGCUCUCUCCAUCCCAGACUCGCUCGGCCGUCUGCCCCUGAACAUUGCACGCUCUCGAGGCCACACUCAGCUCGCAGAGCUCCUGGAACAGACCCCCCUCUCUGGCAGCACGCAGAGACCAGAGUCCACCACCAGAGGGCAGCAAGAAGGUGCAGAGCAGAGACCAGAGACCACCACCAGAGGGCAGCACGGAGGAGCAGAGCAGAGACCAGAAAACACCACCAGAGGGCAGCAAGGAGGAGCAGAGCAGAGAGCAGAGGAGCCCAGCAGAGGCACAGAGGUGAAAACAGAGUCUCAGUCCAACCCUCAGUCCUGGAGCCAGACCCAGUCCCAGCCUGAAGAUGCCCCUCCCUCAAAGAGACCCAGGCCCAGCAAUGGCCCUGCUCUGGGGCUUCAGCUGGCACCUCUGACCCCCUCCUCACUCCCCCGCCUGCAGGCCAGGACCGGGGGACUACGUUGGGGGCCCACACACCGAAGCUUGGCCCGGAGGAUUGUGGGGAAAGAGCGGCUGUACGUGAGGCAGAGACUGGUGGACAGAGGAGACACAGAGCUGCUGAGUGUGCAGGGCCAGACCGACGAAAUGCAGAUGGACGUGUCGUUGCUGGCGGACCACAUCAUGGAGGCGGCCACCGAGCGACUAAAGCAGGAGCCAAUGGAAAUGGAGAUAGACUGUCGAGGGGCGGGACUUAGCGGUGAAGUCACAGCUCUGUCGGGGUGCCUCAGUGACAUCGAGAGGUUCCUGAACCCCAGCCCUCCGUCCCCCAUGGCCAGGCUAAGUUCUCUCUUGGGGGAGCAGCCUCCUCCGUCCUGUCCCUCAGAGCUGCGGUUUCUUUGUGGAACUGUGAACGAGCCCAAAAACCCCUCGUCCCGAUUCUCCAUGAGCGAUUCAGAGCGAGCAGAACUCUAUGAGACCAUCCGGCUCGCACUGCUCUCACUCAGAAAAAACAAGGGUCCAAUUCAGGAACAACGUAAAGAGAUUGCAGCUGUGAUUCAACGCUGCUAUAAGAGAUACAAGCAGUAUGCACUUUAUAAGAGGAUGACCCUGGCUGCUGUCCUGAUCCAGAGCCGCUUCCGCAGUUUAGUCGAACAGAAGAAGUUCCAGCAAAGUCGCCGCGCAGCUGUCCUCAUCCAGCAAUAUUACCGCUCCUACAGGCACUCGCUCAGCCGCCUCCUCAGUAAAAAACAGAACCAGGCCGCUCGCAAAAUCCUGAGGUUCCUGCUCCGCUGCCGUCACAGCCCGAUGCUGGACCACAGACCUCUGAAGCAGGGCCAGAGAGCAGAAAAAGGCUCCUGA